AUGCUGCAUUUAAAUUUAAGUACACAACUGUAUCUGCGCGAGUACGCGCCGGACGAGGGGCCGCCGCGCGAGGAAUGGCGCCGGCCGGAGUGGGGGAACCGCGGUCGCCUGCCCCAGGUGGACCGCAGCCCCUCCCGGCGGAGCCCGUACCUCGCGCGCGAUGAGGAGCCCUCGCCGGCGCCCGACGAGCGGGGCCGCUCCGCCUCGGCGGGCGCCCACCACCGCGCGCGCCCGCGCCCCCUACGCUACCAGUCCCUCGAGCGGGAGUACGACCGCUCGUACGCCCCGCCGCCCGAGGAGGAGUACUACCGCCGCGAGCCGCCGCUCUUCCUCGGCGAACUGCAGUCGCAGAACUCGGACCUGCAGCGCGAGCUCGGCAACCUCAAGAAGGAGCUCGAACUGACCAACCAGAAGCUCGGCUCCAGCAUGCACAGCAUAAAGACCUUCUGGAGCCCCGAGCUGAAGAAGGAGCGCGCGCUGAGGAAGGAGGAGAGCGCCAAGUACAGCCUGAUCAACGACCAACUUAAGCUGCUCAACCAGGAGAACCAAUUUGUACAGAAACAAAGGAGACGGAUCAUCUGCCUGCAAGCCUGUUUGCGUCCCCUGCUGAACAUUGGCCCUUCCCACAGACUGCCACGAAGCACGAUCCUGAGCCACCUGCAUCUCGACUUCCCGCACAUU